GCGCACUGCCCGGUGUUGAACAACCUCUUCAAGAAACCGUUCCGUAUGAUUAAGCCAUGGCCAACAAAGAAAACUUCACACUAAUCCGAAAUACUGACGUCGACAUCCACAAGCUCGAAACUGAUCUUCUCUUGCUGCGGGCCAUGGUUAGUGUCGCGGAAGAAGACGGAGCUCACGACGCCCGAUCGCUGUGUCUGCAAGACUACAAUUCAAGCUUUAGAGAGCAACUCCUGGAAUUUGACUCGACUUUAAUGCGUGGGAAGAUUGACGAGGUGCUGUUCAAGGUCGCACAGCUCAUGUUCAUCUUGAGUCAUCGUACAAGGGACAAGGGGCUACCGGACCAUCUCACCUUGCUCAGAUGGGGCUUUGAAGAAGACAUCGCGGAUAUAUUAUCGAUUGAUUAGCACAACCUCAAGAAAUACACUCAUACACACAAAUAAACUUGCUCUGCCUUUUACA